AUGAGGAUUUGUGUGCUAGGUAUAAAAGGCUCGGCUAUGAAGAGGGGUUUGGUCCUAACAAAGUACCCUCCUUAUCAACAAAAAAAGAAGCCAAUGGAUACUUGUGCAGUUAUCAGUGCACUCAGUCAUGCUAAAAGGAAGAAAAGCUUUGUUAUAGUUACUUCCCCGACAUUAGUUGUGACUACUAUGUCAGCUAUAGCUCUUGAGGUGGAACAACUGAACACUGUAGUGGCCUACUUCUUUGUCCAUGAGCCUUCACCUUCUCUUUCUCCUAUCAAGAGGAUCUGA